CACAGAGAGAGCUCAUUUGUGAUCAGAGCAGUUUAUUGGACCUCAUGUCACUUUGGGUGGAGCUAAACACAGAAAAGUAUUUAAUGUUGAAGACCAGAGAAAAGAGGUACUGGUGACAAUGGCUCUUCAAAGGUUUGCAUGGGGGAUCACUGUGAUGAUCGCACUCUUCUUCAAAGGAGGUGACUCACAACCCGCCUGUGCCAGACCUCCCAUCAACAGCAGGAUCAUCGGAGGGCAAGAUGCAUCUCCAGGAAGUUGGCCCUGGCAUGUUGCUUUUACCACUGACAACAACAACCUGUUCUGUCAGGGAUCUCUGAUCACCAAAGAGUGGGUGCUGACAGCUGCUAAAUGCGAACGCACUUCCUCCGAUGUAGUUUUGCACUUUGGUGGCACCAACCAGUCUGGAUUUGGUGAAGUGACUCGGGGAAUUGACAGCUUUCACUGCCACCCAAACUUCACCUUCUUUGGUGGAAACGACAUCUGCCUUGUGAAGCUGUCUGCUCCAGUCAACUUCACUGACUACAUCCGACCAGUGUGUUUGGCUGCAGAAAACAGCACUUUCUACGAUGGAACCAGCAGCUGGGUCACUGGUUUCAGUGGCUACACAAUAUCCUACCCUUUACAGGAAAUCGAUGUAUCAGUAGUUGGGAACAGAAAAUGCAACUGCAGCUACAACUACAACUAUCCAAUAACAGAGGACCUGAUGUGUGCUGGAAGUGAAAAUGGUUCAAAGACAGAAUCUUAUGGAGAUGGAGGCACAGCUCUAGUAACCAAGAAAGACUCCAUCUGGGUCCAGAGUGGGAUUGCGAGUCUAAAAUUUCAGAAGCUACUUACUAUCUAUACUCGUGUGUCCCAGUACCAGAAAUGGAUCACCGACACAGUCACUGGCAUGGACCCAGGUUUUGUUACCUACACCUCCCCAGGCAUUGACAGCAACUUGAACUACACCUGUCCUCCACCACCAACUACCACCCAGCGCCCCCACUUUACCACCCAGCGCCCCCACUUUACCACCCAGCGCCCCCACUUUACCACCCAGCGCCCCCACUUUACCACACAGCACUCUACCACUGACGACAGCAUAUUUGGCAGUGGUGAAACUCUGAUUCCCGUCGCUCGAGUCUUCCCUCUCUCUGCUCUUGUUCUGUUUGUCCAUCUGUUUGUUGGUGGUGCUGGAAACUAAAUCAUAGCUUUGACUCAUGCUGCAUUCUAGUUCAUAACCAACACCAACUCUCUAUUCAAUAGAAUCAAAAUGUUGAUAUUUUUAGUCUGAUUUAGUUUUAUUUCACAAAUUAAGAUUUCUACAAAGCAAAUGAAGGGUGUAAUAAGUUUAUCUGGUAAUUAGUUUAACAAACCUCUCAUAAAAUUCAAAUUGUUUUUUUUUUUCUGUCCUUUACAUUGUGUUGACUGUAUUUUCUUAACUGUAAAUGCCAAUUAAAUCUCGAGUGUUUGACAACAGGUUUGGGAUUUUUAGCAGAUAAUCACACUGUUAUUUUAUUAAAUAUGAAACAAACAAACUGUGAUUAGUAAUAAACUGUGAUUAAAAUCAUUCAAAACUAUA